AUGAGGGGACGCCGCCGUCCAACGGAAUCCAUAUGCCCGGACCGCCGCCCGCCGCCUCCUACUCCCACCAGCACCGCCGAUCCAUGGCAUUUUCUGGCCACACCAGUCCCAAGACGCGAAUCAGACGCCAGCAGCCGUCCCUCCACCGCCUCUGUCGUCCGCCCUUCCCCUGCCCUCCCGAAUUUCUCCGACCGCUCCCACCAAUUCGCCGUGCUCAGAACCAUCAACUCCUACCUCGCCUCACAAUCUGUCCCUUUCGCCCUGAAGCCCCCUCUGCCAUCCGCAAAGGACAUAACCGAGACCCUAAAAUUUCUGCUGCACCGCCUCGGGUUCACCUCGCAGAAGAUCGACGAAGAUCUCGGCCACGCUCUGAAGUUCCUCAGAUGCCCCUUCAAACUGAACAAAUCCGCCCUGCGUGCUCCCGGCACGCCCCACUCCUGGCCCAACUUGCUCGCGGUCAUUCACUGGCUGGUUCAGAUUAUCAAGUACAAAGAUUACACGAUGACCCCUCCCCCCAACUUUGAAGGCGAUAAAAUGUUCAUGUACACUGUGAAUAGCUACCUGCUGUUCAUCAGUGGAGAUGAUGAUAAAAUAGAUGCUCUGGAUGAAGACUGCAUUAGGGAGAUGACUGAGUGGAAGGAUACACUAGAGGAGAGAGUAAAGGGCUUUGAGGAAAAUGUGAAGGAAUUGGAGUUGAAAUUGGAUGCUAUGAAGGCAGGGCCGAGUCAGAAAGAACGUCUGGAGCAGGAAAAGGCCGUAUUGGAGAAGGAUAUUACCAAGUUCAAUAUUAUGAUCGAGCAGUUGUUGAGCCAUCUGACUGAGGUGCAAAAGAAACUGGAGGAGAAGGGUAAAGCAGUGGAGGCAAAAGUGGAGGACAGGAAGAAGAUUUGUGAGGAGAACGAGGAGUUGAAGAAGAGGGUUGAGGAGCAAGGAAUUAAUUUGAGAGAUGCUGAGAGAAUGAAGAGGGAGUUACAGGCUGUGGAGCGGGAUAUUAAGGAGACCGAGUCUGCAAGAAAUGGCUGGGAGGAAAAAAUAUGGGAGCUUGACCCGGAAAUUGGUCACAGGUUUAAGGACCUUGAGCGGCUGGUGAUGGAGGGUAACCAAGCUAUCAGAAGGUUGAAGAUUGGAAAUGGAUUUCAGUAUCAGUUGAAUGCCAUUGGAUCGACACCAUCUGAGGUGCUGGGGUUAGACUACAAAUCAGUACUGAAGCCUGCACUUGCUUUAUUCAGUGAGGACAUUAAAAGAAGUUCAAUGGGGAAAUUGGAGGAGUUGAUUUCUCUUCGGCAACAGUCGGGUGAAAAUACUGCUAUGCUUGAGGAGAGACGGAAUCAUAUUGCUGCUCUUCAGUCGCAUAUUGAUGAGGUUGAAGCUCAGUUGAACAUGAUAAGGAAAGAUACCCAUGAAUAUACCUCUAGAUGUGCAGCAGAAGCCAGAAAACUGGCAGAUGAAGUUGACCUGGAAGCUCAUAGUAUGUCUGUUGUAGAAAAUGAAGCUGCAGAGUUUCUGAAGACUUCGAAGGUGGAAUUGGAAGCAGCAAUAGCGCAAGCUGAGGGAGAGGUUAAAUUGUGCGCUCAGGAACUCUUUAACUUGAUUAAUUCAGUGUCUACACAUAAAGAGUAUGUGGCAUCAAAAAUUGCUAGGAUGAGGACCGAUCUUCUAGAAACUGCUGGUGCUGUGGCUGACAUCUACAAAGGACAACGUUCUUCAUAG